GUUGCUGCCGCACAGAGAGCGACACACAGAGACUCAGUCUGACUGACUUUGGAUAUUUUGGGGGUUUGAGGAGCAGCCUGGAGAGAGAAAACAGGGAGAAAGAGCCGUAAAAACACAGGUUUAAGUCGGUUUCUUGUAGCGGAAUGGCGGACCGGGACCCGGUGCCGCUUCCUGCGGAGGUGCGGGCCAAACUGGCCGAGCUGGAGCUGGAGUUAUCCGAGGGUGAUAUCACACAGAAGGGCUAUGAGAAGAAGCGAUCCAAGCUGAUUGGAGCCUUCUUUCCACAAACACCAGGAAUGGAUCCAUCCAUGGGCCAGGAGAGGAGGACCCCGGUCACCCCGUCCUCGUCUUCACGGUACCACCGCCGGCGGUCUUCUGGUUCCAGAGAUGAACGUUACCGAUCAGAUGUGCACACAGAGGCAGUGCAGGCGGCCCUGGCCAAGCACAAAGAAAGGAAGAUGGCAGUGCCGAUGCCUUCAAAGCGGCGGUCGCUGGUGGUCCAGACUUCAAUGGACGCCUACACACCACCAGAUACAUCCUCGGGCUCAGAGGGCGAGGGUCAGGGAGACGGCGAUGAAGAGGAGGGAGGAGAUGGCGAAGAAGAGGACGGAGGAGGUGGCGGCGGAACCUCAUCCAGCAGGGAGGGCAGCAUCAGCAUGGAGCACUGGAUAAGCCGGGCCAUCCACGGCACCUCCUCCACCACCACUACGACCUCCUCCACGGCUUCGUCGUCCUCUUCCUCCACGCGCAGUGGGGGGAGUGGGGCGGCCGGAGGCAGGCUGGCCGACGUCCUGGCCCAACACGUCCACAUCUCUGCCCACCACCAACACCUCCGCCACCACCAUCAUCACCACCACCACCACCGCAAGACAGAGAACCACUCUGCCCCUCCAGAUGUCACCGGUUAUACCAACAACACCGCCACCACCACCGACGGGAUCCAGGUGGAGAGAGCCCCGGGAAGUGGCACAGCGGCCCAGAGACAGACGCCCAAGUACGGCAAUGCCGAGCUGAUGGAGACCGGAGACGGUGUUCCAGUCAGCAGCAGAGUUUCAGCGAAAAUCCAGCAACUCGUCAACACUCUGAAGAGACCCAAACGACCGCCGCUAAGAGAGUUUUUUGUCGACGACUUCGAGGAGCUUCUGGAGGUCCAGCAACCAGACCCCAACCAGCCCAAGGCCGAGGGGGCCCAGAUGGUGGCCGCACGGGGCGAGCAGCUGGGCGUGGUAACAAACUGGCCCCCGUCUCUGGAGGCGGCUCUGCAGAGGUGGGGCACCAUCUCUCCAAAGGCCCCUUGUCUCACCACCAUGGACACCAACGGCAAGCCGCUCUACGUGCUCACGUACGGAAAACUGUGGUCCAGAAGUGUGAAGGUGGCCUACAACCUAUUGCACAAACUGGGAACCAAACAGGAACCACUCGUCAGACCUGGAGACCGGGUGGCGCUGGUCUUCCCAAACAACGACCCUGCUGCCUUUAUGACGGCUUUUUACGGCUGCCUGCUGGCCGAAGUCGUCCCUGUGCCAAUAGAAGUACCGCUGACCAGGAAGGAUGCCGGCAGUCAGCAGAUCGGGUUUCUGUUGGGGAGCUGUGGAGUGACAGUGGCUCUGACCAGCGACGCCUGCCAUAAAGGGUUACCCAAGAGUCCCACAGGAGAGAUCCCACAGUUCAAAGGCUGGCCCAAGGUGCUGUGGUUUGUUGCAGAGUCCAAACACCUCUCCAAACCUCCCCGAGACUGGUUCCCACAUAUCAAGGACGCGAACCAGGACACUGCCUACAUUGAGUAUAAGACCUGUAAGGACGGCAGUGUCCUAGGUGUGACGGUGAUGAGGAUAGCCAUGCUCACACACUGCCAGUCCCUCACGCAGUCCUGCUCGUACACAGAAGCUGAGACCAUAGUGAAUGUAUUAGACUUCAAGAAGGAUGUAGGACUGUGGCACGCCGUCCUGACUAGUGUAAUGAAUAUGAUGCACGUCAUCAGUAUUCCCUACGCCCUCAUGAAGGUCAACCCUCUGUCCUGGAUCCAAAAAUGCUGCCAGUACAAAGCUAAGGUGGCGUGUGUGAAGUCGCGGGAUAUGCACUGGGCUCUGGUGGCCCACCGGGAGCAGAGAGACAUCAACCUGAGCUCCCUGCGCAUGCUGGUGGUGGCUGACGGCUCAAAUCCCUGGUCGAUCUCAUCCUGUGACGCCUUCCUCAACGUCUUCCAGACUAAAGGUUUGAAGCCGGAGGUCAUAUGUCCCUGUGCCAGCUCUCCCGAGGCCCUGACUGUAGCUUUAAGAAGGCCCUUAGAGGAGGGCAGCACCCCUCCAGGUCGCGGCGUGUUGUCCAUGCAGGGUCUGAGUCACGGCGUGAUCCGGGUGGACUCAGAAGAGAAGCUGUCGGUCCUCACGCUGCAGGAUGUCGGCUCCGUCAUGCCUGGAGGUAUGAUGUGUGUGGUGAAGCCUGAAGGUGUUCCUCAGCUCUGUAAAACAGAUGAGAUAGGAGAGUUGUGCGUUUGCACUGUUGCCACGGGAACAUCCUACUACGGUCUGGCCGGCAUGACCAAGAACACCUUCGAGGUCUUCCCUGUGACGAACACCGGGGCUCCCAUCAGUGAGUUUCCCUUCACCAGGACCGGCCUGCUGGGAUUCAUCGGGCCUGCAGGUCUGAUCUUUGUGGCAGGGAAGAUGGACGGUCUGAUGGUGGUCGGGGGCCGUCAGCACAAUGCUGAUGACAUCGUCGCCACGGCGCUCGCUGUGGAGCCCAUGAAGUUUGUCUACAGGGGCAGGAUAGCAGUGUUCUCCAUUACAGUGCUUCAUGAUGAGAGGAUCGUGGUCGUGGCAGAGCAGAGGCCUGACUCCACCGAGGAAGACAGCUUCCAGUGGAUGAGCCGAGUUCUGCAGGCGAUAGACGGUAUCCAUCAGGUAGGGGUGUACUGCCUGGCUCUGGUGCCCUCCAACACUCUGCCCAAGACUCCUCUGGGUGGCAUCCACCUGUCAGAGACCAAGCAGCUCUUCUUGGAGGGGGCGCUGCAUCCCUGCAACGUGCUCAUGUGUCCGCACACCUGCGUCACCAACCUGCCCAAACCUCGGCAGAAACAACCAGAGAUCGGUCCUGCGUCUGUGAUGGUCGGGAAUCUGGUGUCGGGGAAGAGGAUCGCUCAGGCCAGCGGCAGGGAUCUGGGUCAGAUUGAAGACAAUGACCAGUUCCUCUUCCUGUCAGAGGUGUUACAGUGGAGAGCCCAGACCACUCCAGACCACGUCCUGUACACACUGCUCAACUCCAGGGGUACGAUAGCCAGCUCUCUGACUUGUGUUCAGCUGCAUAAGAGGGCAGAGAAGAUCGCAGGCAUGCUGGCUGAACGGGGCCACCUGCAGGACGGAGACCACGUCGCACUGGUCUACCCUCCAGGUAUCGACCUCAUCGUGGCAUUUUACGGCUGCCUUUACGCCGGUUGCGUGCCGAUCACGGUGCGACCGCCUCACCCACAGAACAUCGCCACCACGCUGCCCACUGUCAAGAUGAUCGUGGAGGUGAGCCGGUCGGUGUGUGUGAUGACCACACAGCUCAUCUCUAAACUGCUGAGGUCGAAGGAAGCCUCGGCCACCGUAGAUGUACGGACCUGGCCCCCUGUCAUGGACACAGACGAUUUGCCAAAGAAGAAACCUCCUCUGCUGUAUAAACCGUCCAACCCCGACACCCUGGCCUACCUGGACUUCAGUGUCUCCACCACCGGCAUGCUAGCUGGAGUCAAGGUACGACUUUUUGAUGGCUUCUACCUUGGCAACCAAGUCUUCUCCUUCAUUCCCAGCUCAGCACUGCUCUCCUCCACUGCCAACGCCACCGGUGCGAGACAGAUAGAGGAGGAAGUUGGCCGAGAAAUGGUAUCGAUGGAAAGUUCUGCUCGGCGGCUAAACUCUGAGCUCAGACCUUCAGCAAACACAGCGUGCCCAUGUCAGCGUGUGACAGUAGAUUUGAGCCGGUCAAUGAACUGA